UUUUGGGGGCCAUCUCGAUGUACGCGUAAGCCACGCCCCCAACUGCGCGGCACCCUCGGUCUAUCCUUCGUCCUUCCUUCUGUCCUUCCAUCCAAGCAACGGUUAUUGAAUUAAGCUUAUCAUUUGAUUUUGAGGAGAGCCACCAGUCGGUUGUCUCGGGUGCUCUUAAGCACCACCAAAAACUUUUAUAUCGUCGGGAUAAUCGCAAUAAUUUGAUAUCGCCUUGAUACGAUUAUAUCGCAACCAGCACCCCGCGGCUUACACACUGAUACCGCGGUUAAGAAAUAACGAGGUUUGAUAAAGGGUGGGGAAAUUUAAGAACAUACUCCAAGGAAGCUGGAGAACUCGUUAACUUUUUUUUUGUUUACUUCAUUUCAUUUUUUUUAUACAAAGUACGCAAGGGGAAUAACUUUUUCAUGUGUUAUGUGAAUUUUUUAGUGUUUACGAAAUUAGUUCGUGGAUAUGUGUCAGCAAAUGCGUGAUUUAUUGAUGGACUUUGCAUGGUCGGAUCUUAGACUUGAUCUACUAGAUGUCUAAAGUCUGCCGCUGAUCAGCCGUCGGGCCGCAUUUGCUGUCGGCUCAUUGACAUUUGGGUCUGAUCUACUACUGGCUGACCUGACUUACUGUCGUGCCUGAUCUACUGUCGCUAUUUCUGGACUGUCGGGCCUCAUUGCCGCAUUAAAUAAACUGAACUACUGAAGUAGUUACGUCCGCUUUUAGUCAGCCCAUAAAAAAAAUUCGAAAUCUCGCUGAUAAAAAAAUUUAAUUUACUGUCCGUUAGUAAAAAUAAAUCCUAAGACAAUUAAAAUGUGUAAAAUAAAUAAAUCAAAGACAUAACUUGUGAAGUGAGUGAUAAAUAAACUUGUAAGAUGGAUUAUUCGUAUUUGAAUCAAGCGGCGGCAGCGGCGGCCGCGGGAUUCGAAGCAUCGAGUUGCGCUCUGGCUACUGACAUGCAAUGCGGAUACGGGGACUUGGGGUCUUGCUCCCAAAUGAGCCAAGCGGCUUAUCGGUAUACUGCCGCGAGGGCCGCCGGGUACCCGGGUAAUUCCGCGGGAGGAGGAGCCAACAGUGGGCCCACGCUAGCCGGUCACCACGCGACACAUCCUCAUGCCCAUGCGCAUCAUCCGGCCCAUGCUACUCCGUGCUCCGUAAUGGCAGCUAGGACCCAAGAUGUCCAUCGACAUGCCGCUUCUAUUUUUAAUCAGUCUAUCAAUCUUCAAAGCGGUCUUGGAUACAAAGCCUACACAACUCAUGACGGAUUAGCUGAAAAAAGAAAACAACGACGGAUACGGACGACAUUUACAUCCGCCCAGUUAAAAGAACUCGAGCGGGCAUUUCAGGAGACGCAUUAUCCUGAUAUUUAUACGAGAGAAGAAAUCGCUAUGAAAAUUGAUCUCACGGAAGCCAGAGUACAGGUGUGGUUCCAAAAUCGGCGAGCCAAAUUCCGGAAACAAGAACGCAUGGCUCAGCAGAAAUCAAGUAGUCAAAACUCGGUUGGUGUUGACAGUGGAGCAUCCAGUCCGAUACAAAAUAGUGUUAAGGCUGAAAGCAGGUCUCCAAGAAGUCCGGCAACACCUGUAGGUUCAAAUAGUCAUUUGUCGUCAACGGAAGUUAAGCCGUUGGCAAAUCAAAAUUUACUGAGUAUUAAACAGCAGCACAGUGACUCUCACAAUGAAAAUUCAUCAAAUGGUGCCGGACGUGGUAGUGCUAGUGGAGGGGGAGGAGGUGGGGGUGCUGGAAGUGGAAGUGGAAGUGCUGGUGGUGGAAUCGGUGCCUGGGGAUCAUGCAGUCCUCGGUCUUUUUCUACGACACUACCCCCCUAUUUACUUGAUCCUCUUCCCCUUAAAACUGCAAAUUUAUAUUAAAAAAAAAAAUAAUAAUAAUUAUUAUUAUUUAUUAAGAGAGAUCAAUGCAAUUUAAAUUUUUAUUUAAAUUACUGUCCAUUAAAUAAUUGUGUACAUAGACGGGUAUUAUUAUUUAAAAUUUUUAAAUAUUAUUGAUAUGCACAAUUGUUGCAUCUGAAUACUGCGAUUUAAUGUAAUGAGUUAUCAUAAAUUUAUGUUAGUUAAGUAUUAAUUGUGAUAUUCGUGGUGUGGAAUACCACGGAUUUAAGUCGAACAUAUAUAUGUAUAAAUAUAUAUUUGGAUUAUACAGGGUGCAAGGGUGUCCUGCGUUGAUCACAACGUCCAUUUUUUUUUUCUUAGUAAUUAAAGUUUAAUUUUUUUAAAGACGAUGGUGAGUUAUGAUUUUAUGAGCAAUGGAAGUACGUAGUCAUCCGUGCACAUAUUAAAUUAAUUAUCAUUAUUAUUGUAUCAAUAAAGUGUGAAUGAAGUAAAUAUUAAAAAAAUAAAAACUUGUACAUUUGUUGCUAUAAAUAUAUGACA